CUUUGACCCUGCAACUUCAAGUCUUAAACUGGUUGAUUUUGAUAAAAUUAUAAAAUUUCCUAUAGACCAUAGCUGUUGGUAUAGGUUGUUGCAUAAAAAGAAAACUAUCUUCUUUUACUGAGAACUUCUCAUUCUUUAUGAAUAUACUGGCCUGUCAGCACACUUUGAGAGGAAAAUGUUUUGGUCGCCCUGUCACAUUUCGUGCCUUAGCUGGAAAUCAAAUUUCAAACAUACUUAAUAAUGUGAAAGCUGUUUUGUUGCAACCAUUUUCAGGUGAAGCUGUUUGUAUUGGCAAUGCUAAGAUUACAUUGAACACUCCAAAAUAUCAUGAAAAAGUUCCUAUAAAUUAUUAUAAGAAUUCACAUCAAUCUAAGGAAAUUCUUCAGCAUUUGAAAUGGAUGAUGCAAAAGGAUCAUUUAUGUCAAGAUAUUUUUCUCAUUGGCCCUCCGGGAUGUUUUCGACGGAAUUUGGUCAUGCAAUAUGCUGAAUUGACCCAACGCGAAAUUGAAUACGUAUCUUUAAGUCGUGAUACCACUGAAUCAGAUCUUAAGCAAAGACGAGAAAUUAACUUUGGUAGUUCUCAUUAUAUUAAUCAGAGUUCUGUUCGAGCUGCUAUAGAAGGGCGAGUUCUUAUUCUAGAUGGUAUUGAAAAAACAGAGCGAAAUGUUUUACCAGUUUUAAAUAAUCUUUUGGAAAACAGAGAAAUGCAACUUGAUGAUGGUAGAUUUUUGGUGUCAGCUGAAAGAUACGAUUCUCUAUUGAAGCAUCAUAGUAGAGAGGAGCUAGAUAACUGGAAGUUGCUGCGUGUCAGUGAGAAUUUUCGUGUGUUUGCUCUUGGUGUACCUGUUCCUAGAUACCCAGGCAAUCCUCUGGAUCCCCCACUUCGAUCACGCUUUCAAUGCAGAAAUAUCCCCAUGAUUUCAUAUAAGGAGUUGAUGAAGAAUCUGAGAUCCUUACAAAAAGUUGAUUUUCCUAAGAAAAGAUUAUCCAACCUUGCCAACUUCGUAUACACUCUACAUUCUUCAGAGUUGCUUCCACUUGGGAUGCCGGACUUUCCUAUAGAAAAUAUGGAUUGUCUCAUUGAAAUUAUGAAUCAUUUACCUCAUGUUUCCUGUGAAAAUCUUGUUAAACUUCUGUAUCCAUACCAGUUGAUUUUUGGAGAAGAAGGACAAAAUAUUAUUAAUGACGUUAUUCAGAGAUUUCAUAUGAACGAUCCUUCUUCUGUCAAACCAUAUUGUUUGAAAAAUGUGAUUUGCUCGAAAGAUCAGAAAGCAUUGGUUACUUUGGAGAGUGAGAAUGUUGAAGUUGUGUUUGAUGUCCCUUCUGGAAACAUUGAAGGCAUUGCAACUCAGCUUGUGAAGGAAAAUAAUUUUGUUAUGACUUCGUAUCAUUCCAAACUUUUAUCUGAAAUGCUACAAACUCAUCUUGUGAAAGACUUUUGUUUGAUUGGUCCCAAGGGUUGCGGUAAAAGUGCUCUGAUUCACCAAUUUGCGAAAGUUCUUGGUUAUCAAAUGGAACCGAUUCAUCUGCACGAGGAUAUGACUUCAAGAGAUCUCCUUCAACAACGUAUGAUGUCAACCAAUGGGGAUUCAAUAUGGCAGCCUUCACCAUUGAUUAUUGCUGCUAUAAAGGGCCAUCUUGCUGUUCUCGAUGGAAUACAUCGAAUUAAUCCUGGAACGUUAUCUGUGCUACAAAGGCUUCUCAUUGAUCGCGAAAUAUCUUUAUAUGAUGGUACUCAUUUACUCCGUAAAGAUCGCUAUGAAAUUCUUAAGGAAAAAUCUGGACUUUCUGAUGAACAACUAUCUAUAAAACAAUUGUACCCUAUACAUCCCUCAUUUCGUGUAAUUGGUGUUGCUGAGCAUCCGAUGAUAAAGAGUGGUGAAGGCCAGUGGUUAAAUUCAGAGCUGCUUCCUUUGUUUCUAUAUCAUCAUGUCGAGGCUUUUGAUUGUAGAAAGGAAGCUGAUAUUGUUUAUAACAUGGUUCCCGAAGUUCCAAAAAAUAAGAUGCAAGUUGUUCUCAAAAUGGUCGACAAAUUACGUAACUCCGAUAAUUCUUUGCUUUCCUCAAUCACACCAUCAUUUUCAACGAGACAACUUCUUCGUAUUGCCAAGCGUCUUGCUCGAUACCCGAACGAAGAUCUUUAUGAAAUAAUUACUGCUUCUUGUCUUGCUGAAUUUCUGCCCUCACUUGCAAAGAGUGCUUUGGAAGACGUAAUGCAAGAAAUGGAUAUUUUUAAGACAACUGUAAAUGGAGAUGGAAACACGAUCAAGAUUUUAGAUAAAGAUGGUUACAUUCAUAUUGAUGAAGUACAACAUAAAAUCUACGAUUCUCAUAACAAAACUAAAGUUCCUGAUACAACAUUUUAUUGGAAUCACCAACAUUUGCAAGUGUUGAAAAACAUGUUGAAAGAUUUUAGUAUUGGUGAGCAUUUGUUACUUGUUGGAAAUCAGGGAGUUGGUAAAAACAAGUUAGUGGAUAAAUUUCUUCAGUUACUUAACAAACCCAGAGAGUAUGUUCAAUUGCACAGGGAUACGACUGUACAGACAUUGACAUUGCAACCAACCGUUGAUAAUGGCGUCAUUGUUUAUGAAGAUUCACCUUUGGUUCAAGCUCUUCAGCUUGGUCAUGUAUUAGUUAUUGACGAAGCAGACAAGGCUCCUGUCAACGUCACGUGUAUUUUGAAAACUCUUGUUGAAAAUGGUGAAAUGUUUCUUGGUGAUGGAAGACGUGUUGUACCAUCUGGAAGCAAAAAAAUUGGGGACAACAUUAUUGUGACACAUCCAGAUUUUCGAGUUAUUGUUUUGGCGAACAGACCUGGUUUCCCUUUCCUAGGAAAUGAUUUCUUUGGUUCAAUGGGUGAUGUUUUCAGCUGUCAUGCGAUAAAUAAUCCUGAAAAAGAAUCUGAAAUGGAAAUGCUGAAACAAUAUGGACCAAAUGUUCCUCAACAUAUUUUAACAAUGUUGGUGGAUGCAUUCGCAGAAUUGCGUUGCUUGGUUGAUGUCGGUCAGAUAGCUUAUCCUUACUCUACACGUGAGGUGGUAAAUGUUGUAAAACAUUUACAGGUUUAUCCUGAAGAUGGUCUAGGUGAAGUUCUUCGUAAUGUGUUUGAUUUUGACAGUUAUCACACUGAUGUACAAAAAACAGUUGUUUCAAUCCUACGUAAACAUGGUAUUCCUUAUGCUGUAAAUUCUCAAGAUAUAAAGUUAAGUAAAAAGUUCCCGCUACCCAAGCCAAACGUAUUUUACAAAUGGAGUUUAGGCGAUGACGAAACUCGUAUUUGCUCUGUCAAAGAAAGUGCUCUUGUUUUUAAGAAACCCGUUGACAUUAAAUGUUCUCAUUUUGGUGUGGAAAGAUUAAACGCCAGAUCAACUGGUUUUACAGAAUUGUUAAAUGAAUGGAUUUUUCCUUUGUAUGAGUCUAGCGUCGUUUUCGAUCUUUCUGCUGCUCAAGGUGUAAAUGUUGUGGAUGGCAAUUGGCUUCAUGUUGUAACCGCCAAUCCUCUUGUCAUUUAUUCUAUGCAAACCAAUAAGGAUUUUGUGAUUUGUACAAAUCUGUAUCCUUUUUUUCCUAACAAUUAUUUCAACCACUCUCCUCACGUCAAGAUCGCUGCGUUAAAUGCAGAUGGAUAUUAUGGACAAAUAAUUGUCCACGAACAGUUAUCCAACGUAAUGUUAUUACUUAAUCCCUGUCGACAUGAAAUGCAGGAAAUUGUUAUUAAUGAUUAUUUAUCCACAUCAAGAAUUUCGCGAUCAUUUACAAAGUCAAAACAUAUCAUGCAUUAUGACAAAGCAUUUCCCAACUGGCUCAUUACUUGGAGAGAUGGUGAAAAUGAUAUUCGGAUACUGAAUUUUUCUACUGCCAAAGUUUUUCAUGUGUCGUUGUCAUUCCCACUUGAGCAAGUGCGUUUUUUAUCUGAAGAAAAAUGGAUUUUAAAACAAAAGGAAUCGAGAUCUUAUUACCUUUAUAGCUUCUCCGAAAAGUCGGUUGUCCCAAACAUUUUAUCAAAGAUUCACCAAAAUUCUGAAAACCGAUUAUUACAAACGAUAUUCAUCAGCAAACUGUCGCAAGAAUCUUAUAGUAAAUGUGAAAAAUAUCUUCCUGAUGUACUUCAAAGUGAUGGAACAUUAAAUGCAGUUCAUCUGGUUGCUGAUGAUGAUCAUCUUGCUGGUUUAGCUGUCACUACUGGGUCUAAAGUUUAUCAAUCACAACCAAAUAUACUCAGAUUUUAUUUCUAUCCUCGAGAAAAUAAAAUUGACAGAGCGCAAAAACCAAGGUGGAAAGAAUUCUAUCCGGAUCCAUUAUGUCUUUCUGGUUCAUGUCAAGUGGUUAGAGUUGUUCCAUCUUCACUUGUUCCAACAGAUGACUACAAGGAAAAAAAUGAAAAAGUGAACUUUUCAAAUUAUUUAGAAGUUGUUGACAUAAGUGAGAAUUCUGUUUGUUACCUACCGUUACCAUAUGUGAAACAAAAGAAUCUUUAUACACAAAAGAACACUAGUACAGCUUUAAUCUGUUCUUUAUCCAAUGACAUCCUUGUUUCUGUCAGUCUGGAUGGCUUGGUGCGUCUAUGGGAAACUGGUGCGAAUGAUUUGAAAAAAUCUUUUUCUCAAUGGAAAAGUUUAGUUGGAAGUAACAUUUACUCUGAUGAUGUACAGGUAACUCAUGAAAAAAACAGUGGCCUUGAUGUUUCGCAGCCAAAACAUGGAAAGAUUGAUUUUGACAAUGCACCUCACGUUGGAGGCAACACUUGGGCUGGUGGCACUGGAGGUAGAGAUACUGCCGGACUUGGUGGUAAAGGAGGUCCAUAUAGGUUGGAUAGUGGGCACGAUGUUUAUCAAAUUUCUGAUAAAGAAAAGGAUUCAGUUCCUGAUGAAGUAAAGAUAGCUGCAAGGGAAAUGGGACGAAAAACUUUUAAACAAAGAUUGAAGGACAUCGAAAUGAAUGAAUACGAAGCGGAAAAAUACGAAAUGUUUUCAUCACGUGUUAAACAUCAAGUACAGUCUUUGCGUGUUCUCGUAGAAAGUUUACAAUCUAAAAGAAAGGAAAGGCAAUGGAUUCGUCAUCAGACUUUAGGUGAUCUUGAUGACAGUAAAUUGAUCGAAGGUUUGACUGGAGAAAAGACUAUUUACAAGAAAAGAAUAAACCAGCAUCCAGAACCUGGAUCAGUGCAAGAUUUACCAAAGCAGAUGCGUCUUGUUGUUGACGUCAGCGGUAGUAUGUAUCGAUUUAACGGUUUGGAUGGGAGACUGGAACGAAUGAUGGAGGCUGCGUGUCUCGUAAUGGAAUCAUUUGAUCAAUACCAACAGCGUUUUAAGUUCGACAUCGUUGGUCAUUCGGGAGAAAACCCUGAAAUAAUGUUUGUAUCUCAAGACAAGCCUGUCGUAAACAAUAAACAACGUCUCCAAGUAUUAGAAACAAUGUAUGCUCAUGCUCAGUUUUGCAUGACUGGUGACAACACAUUAGAGGCAAGCAAGAGAGCCAUUAACGAGGUUUUUCAACGUAAAGCAGACGAUUAUUACGUAAUUAUUUUCAGUGAUGCAAACCUUCAAAGAUACGGCAUAUCUCCUACAGAGUUAACUAAAACUUUAUUCUCCAAUACAAAAGUUAAUACGUUUAUUAUUUUUAUUGGAUCUCUGGGAAAUGAAGCUGAAAGAUUGUCAAAGAAACUUCCGCAUGGCCGAUCCUUCGUUUGUAUGGACACAAAAGACAUUCCAGAAAUACUGCAGCAUAUAUUUUCAACUGUUAUAUCAUCUUCAUAAUACACCUAUGUCACUGAUGUUGCACUACCUGAGGACAAGAUGAAAGAGUUCUUGACAUAUUGCUAAUACAUGGGAUUGUCAAUGAAUGAAGAUGUUUCAACUUAUAGUUUGCUAUAAACAUUGUCGAAUGUUUUUUUUCAAUGAAGUUCUUAUAUAGUAUUACGUUAGGUCAAAGGAAAUUUAGUAAAUCGAAAUUUUUCGUUUAGUCCAAACGUCGCAAAACAGAGCAACAAAAAAACGUUUAAUGUGUUAAUUGUGAAACUAUUCUCUCCGUAAAACCUAUUUGUGUACAUAUAGAAUUAUUCAUAAAAAACAACUGUUUUUUUUUGCGUUUGAAAAUGUUCUUUUUACGGAAAGUAUUCAAAGCUUAACACUUGAUAAAAAGGUUCACAUUUGUGGUAUGCAAUAAUAGUUACUUUGCAAUAAUAAUCUUUUUAUUUAACUGGA